AUGUUCACCAACACCGCCGCCGGCAGCGAUUCCUACCCGAUAUUCGACCGCCCGCCGCUCGUCCGCCGCCCCACCUCGUCCGACCCCGUCAAGUGGCGGUGCGGCGGCGGAGCCGCCGAGGUGGCCCCCAGCUGCCCCCGGUGCGCCUCGGCCAACACCAAGUUCUGCUACUACAACAACUACAGCCUCUCCCAGCCCCGGUACUUCUGCAAGGCGUGCCGCCGCUACUGGACCAAGGGCGGCUCCCUCCGAAACGUCCCCGUCGGAGGCGGCUGCCGCAAGAGCCGCCGGGCCCGAUCCUCCCGGCCCGGACCUACUCCGUCCCCCGCCCCCAAUCCAGACGCGAGACCCGAACCCGGCCCGUGCAUCGACCUCGCCGCCGUCUUCGCCCGGUACGUCGGCCCGGGCCCAGACGGCGACGAGCCGUCGUUCAGCCCCGGCCCGAGCAGCGGGUCGUCGGACGGCCCGGUCUUUGAAGCGGCGCCCGCGGACGGAUUGAUCGAUUUGGGGGGAUUCGGCGGUCGGGAAAUGGACGGUGGGGAUUUCGGGUUGCAGGAUUUCGACCCGAUCGGGAUGGGGCAGGGCGCGAUCGGGUGCGACGCGGCGGACUUGCUGUGGACGGCGGAGGAUACAACAAAUCUGCCGGAUUUUGGGGGCGAGGUACAACCGGGUAUGCAGGUGCCGGAUUUCGGGUUGUUCUCGAAUGAUGACCCGUUUCGGGUACCCGCGAAUUUGUUGGGUGAUAACUGGGCCCCGUUUGAUCUGCCUGCCUAUGAGCUUUUCUCCAAUCCUUGA